AUGACUUGGUACAGGGAAUGGUACCCCAACCUGUCUUUGACUACACGGGUUUCCUCCUAUUUUUCAGGUGCUGAUGGCGCUGCUUCUGUAAGAGAAGUCACCAGCAGUGGAAGCUCUCUCACAUGUACAGUUGGACCUGCUGUUGUCAGUACACUGGAGUAUGACAGCUUCAUGGGCAACCCACAGUUUUGUAAGCGUAAAGGAUGGGGAUCAAUCAAAGGUUGUCAAUACAAUCCAGUUUGCUCGAAGCAGCAAGGUGGACCUCCAGGAUGGUUUGGCCCAGGACCCCGCAGCAGGUUUCAGGAUGCCAGUUUUGAUUUGUCCGAAGAUGAUCUGCGUUGGAAGUCCCAACAGAGUUUUAUUCCAUAUAGAAAGCACAGCCGGAGAGGUGUCAAUGUAGGGAGAGGAGGAAGGAAAAAAUGGUUCAAACUUAAUAUACCACAUGGACAAAAUUAUGAUAAGACAUGGCUGCUAACAGCACUGCAGAAACGCUGUCCCAUACCGUUCACCCCACUACAUUACUCCACAGAUGGACAUCAAGUGCAUUUCUAUGUGGAGGAUGGAGCCACUGCCAGCGCCCUGUGCAAACUCUCACGCAAAAUCACAGACAGUGAAGGACGCAAGGUGGUCGUGUUUAUGAAUCAUUGUUCCACUCCCCCUUUCCUUCAGAGCGAGCUGAAACAUCAAGAUCUAGAUCAUUCAAAGGAUGAUCAUGUGCUUCCAACUACCAUCGGAUUUGAUGUGGAAACAAGCACCACCAUUCCUCCCUGCAAGGGCAGCCACUUUGUCUCAGAAGAAAUCAAGGUCUUCAUUCAGGGUUUCCUGCAACAUUAUUACAGAGUUUAUGACUCUGGGGACAGACAGCCGCUGCUGGAGGCGUAUCAUUAUGGUGCCUGCUUCUCUCUCACUGUACCGCCAAUAUGCAAUCCCUCCAGGUAUGGUUUGGAAGAGUACCAUAACAAUAGCCGCAACAUCAGCAAGGUCAGAGAUUUCUCCAAAUGGACCCGCAUGCUAAAGCGCUCCCGGGUGAAUGUGGUUGCCUGCCUUAAUAACCUGCCACAAACCCAGCAUGACAUAGCUUCGUUUACUGUGGACGUUAAUACAUACACAAAAACUUUAUUAAUGUUCACAGUGAGUGGAGCAUUCAAAGAAGUUGAUGGCACAUGGAGAGAAUCUGUUAAGGCGUUCUCCAGAGUCUUCAUCACAGUUCCAGCUCAAAAUUCUGGUUUGUGCAUUGUGAAUGACGAACUCUUUGUGAGGAAUGCCACUCAAGGCGAGAUACACAGAGCGUUUGCUGUACCAGCCCCGACCCCCUCCAGCAGUUCUGUGCCCACCCUCAAUGCAUCCCAGCAGGAAAUGAUCUCCGCCUUUGCUUCCAACUCGCAAAUGAACCUGGAAUGGUCACAGAAGUGUCUCCAGGAUAAUGGCUGGAAUUUUAACAGAGCAGCUCAGGUCUUCAUGGCAUUGAAGGUUCAAGGGAUGAUCCCAGAGGCUGCUUUCUUCAAGUGAAGAUUAU